AUUCUCUUCGAGAAUGAUUGGGGGAUCAGCGUAUGCACCCCCACCCGAGCCCUGCACCAACUCGGUUAUCUCCCCAGCCUCCCCACUCCCCGGCAGGCAGCGGACUGGGUAGUCAAUGCUUAUGUCGCAGUGGCAUCCAAAAAGGGCUCACGCCGACUUGACGCUAUCUUCACCUGGACGCUCUUACGACGACGGGAUCGAGUGUUAUUAUUGAUUUACCAGACAGAUCGCCGCUAACUAAGGCCUGGUUCCGUUGGGGCCUGACGUUGCCCUAUACAGCCUUUUCGAUAUCGUAUUGCACGAUCCAUGAGACGGGAAGUCCUUCUGCGAUUCUCGCAGACCCCCGGAAUGGACAGCAGCACCAUUCCGCCGCCGCUACCGGGUCUCGCGGUCGAGGACAACAGUAACCAUGAAGUCAACUCCACCGGGGCAGCUCGUCGACCAGCAGAGUCACCUCGAGUGCCCAUAGGCUUCCUAUUGUCUCAGCCUGCCGGACCACCGACCAUCAUCAACAUGCACUUCAGAACCACCAUCGUCACGCUCCUUACCGGUGUUAUUGCCCUUUCGUCGGCAUUACCGUCGGCACAGUCGGACUCUCGAAAGUCCAGUGAAGCACAGCACAGCAAAGGAAAGCACACCGGCAAAGAACAGUGCAGCGAUCCGAUUGUUCGCCGCGAGUGGCGGCAUCUGAGCAUGCAUCAGCGAAAGGAUUACCUCCGGGCGGUCAAGUGCAUGAUGGCGAAACCCCCGAAGCUGGGUAGUUAUGCCGAAGGGAUCACAACGCGAUGGGAAGAUUUCAUCUGGAUACACCAAUCUAUGAUGCCAAUGGUCCACUGGGUCGGACACUUCCUUCCGUGGCAUAGGCUCUUCCUCUACGAGUAUGAGCGCGUCCUGAGAGAGGAAUGCGGUUACGCUGGCGGAGUUCCUUAUUGGGACCAAUCGAAAGACUACCGCGACAUCCUCGCCUCGCCUCUACUGAACGGCGAAGUCUCCUUCGGAGGCAACGGUAAAUACGACCCAGACGCGCCGCUGUCCAGACUGCCGACCUUCCCCACCUUCGACUACACCGGCGGAGGUUGUAUCCAUAGCGGUGCCUUCAAGGAUGAGGUAAUCCAUCUCGGCCACACGAACGACAGCUCGUACCACGAGCGCUGCCUCAAGCGCAAUAUCGUCCGCGAGCCCGCACGGGAGUGGUUGAAGCCCAGUCGCGAAGUCGACGUACUUAAAAACCCCAACUACGAGCGGUUCGCCGUCGCCCUUGAGGGUAAUCUCGACUGGAACACGGAUUUCGGAAUCCACAAUGCUGGUCAUCUCUGCAUCGAAGGAGACAUGGCCGACGUCUUCAUCUCGCCCGGAGACCCUCUUUUCUACGUGUUCCACGCGAACAUCGACCGUAUCUGGUGGAAAUGGCAGCAAGCGAACCCGUCGGCACGGCGUUUCGACGUUGGAAACCCGAUUGCGCCCAGGGUCCCCUUGUUUGCGGACCUGUAUCCCAACCCUCCGCCGGGCAAUGUCACGCUCGACUUUGAGCUUACCAUGGGACCGUUGGGUGGUAAUCGGUUGACGGUGGAGACUGCGCGGGUCAUGGAUACGCGAGGGACAACUCCGGAUGAGUUUGAGGCUGGAUUGCUUUGUUAUACGGCGUGGCCCGGGAGUGGCGGAGGCAAGGAGUGGGACGGUGUUUAA